AGUGAAUACAUUGCUAACUGUGAUAGGAGAAUGACUUGGCUGACUGGAUUUGACGGCACAGCAGGUGAUUAUAACACUCCGGAAAUAUGGGAAUGGCUUGACAUGUUUCUUCCUCCGGAUAGUGAUGUUGGCUUUGACCCUUUUCUGCUUACAGCAACUGAGUAUAUUUUCUAUGAGAGAUGGUUUUUCCAAUCGCCCAAAGAACUUCGAAUGUACUCACACGAAGAGAAUCUUGUAGACAAUAUUUGGCAUGCUAGACCAGUAUGCCCGGAUGUAGAACCAAUAUUUAUACUGGAUCAAAUAUGGAGUGGCAACCACUGGGCUAACAAAAUAGAACAAGUACGUCAUGAAAUGAGAAGAUAUAAUGCUGACAUGCUCGUGUUGCAUGGAUUGGACGAAAGUGCCUGGUUAUACAACCUGCGAGGUAUUGAUAUCCCAUACAAUCCUGUGUACUUCAGUUACACAAUUGUAACGUUCGUUGAAUCAGUAACCUUCAUACAAAGUGAAAAGGUACAAAAAGAAGAGAUUCGAAAACAUCUAAAUUUGGAUAAAUCCGUGGACUGCAUGAACACUGACCAGUCUCAAUACUGCGUACGGCACUAUGAUUAUGAAGAAUUCUUGGACAUAUUAUCACAAAUGGCCAAUCUACCAUCAAUUAGAAAAGUGUGGAUUAGUGAUCACGCAAGUUAUGCUAUAUACAGUGGUGUACCUGAGAUUAAACGGAUGAUGAAGCAAUCACCGGUACUACUGAUGAAAUCAAUUAAAAAUAAUGCUGAGAUUACUGGAAUGAUAGAAGGCUAUCUGCAAGAUUCUAUCGCCCUCAACGAAUUCUUUCACUGGUUAGAGGAGCAGGUACACAUUGCAAAGGGGGAUAUUAUGUUGUUGAGUGAAAUGACAUGUGUGGAAAAAUUGUUCGAGUUCAGAUCACAACAGCCGGAUUUUAUCAUGGAGAGCUUUCCAACUAUUUCAGCUUUUGGACCAAAUGCAGCUGUCGUGCAUUAUAAGGCAACCACAGAAACCAAUAGAGCAAUAACUGAUACUGGACUGUAUCUGCUGGACUCCGGAGCGCAAUUCAGAUGUGGUGCUACUACCGAUUCGACAAGAACAGUUCACUACGGAAUACCGACGCGUGCACAACGGGAAGCAUAUACUCGUGUGUUAAUGGGACAUAUAGAACUUGCCUUAUCUGUGUUCCCAGAACGAACAUAUGGCAGUGGUCUGGAUUCAGCAGCGAGGAAGUAUCUUUGGUAUUCAGGCUUAGACUAUGGACAUGGAACUGGUCAUGGAGUAGGGGCGUGUCUGAAUGCACGUGAAGGUCCAAUUCGUAUUGGGAAAACGCAGACAAGGAACGAGGAGCCGUUAUACACUGGCAUGUUUAUAUCAAAUGAACCUGGUUAUUAUGAGUACGAUGAUUUCGGUGUGCGUUUGGAAAACGUGUUUUUGGUUUCGCCAACACAGAGAAGGAUUGAUUGGUUAAACGUGUAUAACCAGGACUUACGAUUUGCUAUCGGCGACAGACUGUACAAGAGAAACCAAUUAGCAUAUCACUGGAUGAUCAACAACACAAUGCCCAUAUAUAGAGAUGGCGUCUCUGUACAUCCAAAGCAUGGUUUUAUAUGGACCAAUGGAACCACAGCAUUUCAGUCGCAGUUCUCCUGUAUUAGUGGAACCAUCAGUGUUGAAAAAACUGUGCAACUUGGAGAGUUUAACAGUGAUGUAUAUGGUUUGGGAUGGAGUGCUGAUACAUUGUGUAACCAGUGUUACAUUGCUGUACAGUUACAAAGUAAGAUCGGAAUCUGGAAAGUACAACUAAUUGUUGAUGCAUUCAAGUUAACUGAAAUUCUUGAAAUCAAAAGAGAGAAUUUACUUCCACAUGGAUUUGUAUGGCAUCCAAGUCUUCCUGUGUUGUGUGUGCUGACUAAGUCAAAGGUGGAAAUAUUUCACAUUGAAACACCGCAAGAGUACAAUUUACAUUGUGGACAUGCCAUCAGUGGAGGCCUGUGGAUGAAAGGUGGUGAAAAACUUGUAAUCUCGGAUGGGGCGUCAUUGGUGGUGUGUAAUUUUACUGACCUAAGAACAUCUAUCAAAGAUGUUAAAAUAGUUGAAUGGGAAGUUCCCAAUAUUGAUGGUAAGAUAUGUUCCAUGGAUGUGAUAGAUUGUAAUCAGCUUGUUAUCACAUCAAAUCUACCAUUAGAUCGAUUGAUAUCACACUGCAAACUAGAUAUGUUUGAAGCCGCGGACGUCCCCCAUGAUAUAAGUGAUGGUUUGUGUUCAUCAAAACAUUCAGAUACAAAAAAAGUGAAUCUUAGUACUGCUACUUUGCAUAAAGAAUUAGAUGUCACCAAAAAAGGACCAAUAGAUUUGACUGCAUUAAUAGUAGGCAAGAAAGAAGAGUCGGCCUCUAAUAAAGUAGUUACAACUGUUCUUGGAGAUGAAGUUGAAAUGAAAACACCCAGUGUAGAACAUGGUGAGGAUAUUGAAACAUUGGAAAUCACAGGUGAAGACAAUGUUGAAGGUUCACUAUUUAAACUCAAAAGGACAAAGUUGCCUAAAUUACAAGAUUCAUCCCAGUUAUUAAUGAUAUCACUGGAUGGAGUUGAACCAACUAUUAUUCAUAGAGUCAACAUACCGGGUAUACUUGAACCAGACAUUAUAACAUGUCAUUCUGAGAAACUCAUUGCAGUGAGUAGUUCAGCUCACCAUAGUAUUGAAGUGUUUGGAAUUCAAGAGACAAAGCUACGAAAAGUAGAUCAUAUUGAUUUAGGAUGUGAGAUAAAAGUGAAAGGUUUACAUUAUAUGCUGAAGUCUACAGAUCUACUCGUCAUGUCAGGAAAACCAGAUUGUAUGAAUACUUCAUUCCCACCAUCUGGAAUUCAUACAUGGUAUGAUUUGUCAUUGAGCAUUUGUCAAAAACAUACAAUGCCUACAGGAAAUACCGAAAUGAGUCUCUCUACGAUGAAACUGCAUGUAAACUCAAAUGAAACAAGGUCACCACUUGUUGAAGAAAUUGUUGUACCAGAACAAGUUUCUUCGAUAGGAUCAGAAAAUGGAACAGCCACAAAUACUUAUCCCGGUAUUAAUGAUAUUGAGAUUAUUCAAGUGAUCCGUGCUGAUGAUAUAACUAAAAAAAAGAACUUUCUCUUGAAUAAUGGUCUACUACAGUUAGAUGCAGUCAAAAAAGCAUUUAAGUUACCAAUUGUGAUGUUAGUUAAUGAUAAGGGACAUAUAGUGUUGACAUCAGACAGUCAAGGAUAUAUUCCAAUCGAUUUCACCAAAAAUAAGUCCAGUCAAGGAUAUCCAACAAUAUUGAUCAUGGAUGGAAGAAAAGAUUGA